AACCAAGAUAUGAUGUAAUGGGUUAAUUAUACCUGACUGAUGGUAUUUGCUGAACCACGGUAAAGAAGCAAGACACCUGAGAUCGUGUUGCAGUCGUUGUGAACCCCUAAUCAAGACUACAAAUAUCAUCAUUGGGUAAUCAAGCACCAUGGCAUCGUCAAACGACCUCCCAUCAGCGGCCACCGAAGGCUUCAAGGAUGCAUCAGCGUACGAUGCUCACCGUCCCUCCUACCCGCCCGAAGCUGUGGACGCUUUCUUGAACAGUAUGAAAGCCACAGGGCAAUCGGAUGUCAGGAUCGUGGAGAUUGCCUCUGGAACUGGCAAGUUCACUGAACAGCUGGCAAGCAGACCAGAGCAGUUUCUCAUCAAGGCCAUCGAGCCUCACGAGACAAUGAGACAAAAGCUCAGCGAGAAGGAUUUGCCCGCUGUUGAGGUCGUAGAUGGCUCUGCGACAAAGAUGCCAGUAGACGACGAGUGGGGCGACGCUUGCAUUGCGGCUCAGGCAUUCCACUGGUUUGCUACGCCAGACGCACUGCAUGAGAUUCACCGCGUCUUGAAACCAGGCGCAGUGUUCGGCAUGAUCUGGAAUGUGGAUGACUACAACCAACCUCAAACUUGGGAGGCUUCAACAAAGUGGGAGCGAAAGCUCAAGGACUUUGUUCUAUCGCUGGACGAUGGCCUCCCGAGGUUUAGACAUCUUAAAUGGAAAGAAGUGUUUGAGCGACAACCGCCAGGAAAUCCCCUACAAGUGGUGAGAGACACGCUGCUAGAUCGCCUCCCCAAAUUCUCGCUACCGAUCGGGGAGGACUCAGUCAGAUGGACAGUCUGGUUGAGCGAGGAUGCCCUGUGGUCGCGAAUCAACACGUUGAGCCAGAUUGCAGUACUCAAGGAUCAAGACCGGGAGAAUGCGAUCAAAACAUUCAAGGCCGCCCUGGGGGGCGACGACGUUGAAAGGAACGAAAAGGGCGAGAUCGCUGCACAUGGUGUGACAUACUUUGCAUGGACGGAUAGAAUCUAGUUGUGGUAUUUCAGGCAAUACCUUUCCACAUAAAUCUCUAGCAAAGAUACCCUCUGCCUGUUCGAAAGAAUGGUUGCCUGGGAGCACCACAAAAUGCAAAGGGCAUAUCGGCCGCCAUGACUAGCUCAGUCUAAUU